AUGCCGUCGUCUUCUUCAUCUCGUUGUUCUUCUUCUGCCUCUUUGGCUUCUACUACUUUGUCUGUUUCUUCUUCUACAUCUUCUUCUAUUUCUUCAUCAAUCUGGAAAGCUGUAGAACUUAAAACUCUACCACUGCCAUCCUCUUCUUCUUCUUCGUCUAUGUUUUUUCAUUCUGCUUUUUCAAUCCCCACGAAACUUUGUGGAGUCGAAAUUGAACUUGAAAUGGAGCCGGCUGUUAUCCAAAAUCUGACAGAGGAACUGGAGAAAGCCGAGCUCGAAAACUCUAUCCUUAAGCAAAAAAUGGAUAUUCUGGGAAUCGAAAUUGGCGAUAUUUCCAAGAAGUUGGAGAAGUGUCAGGUGGAAUUGGAGGGAAAACGUCUGAAGUUUGAACAACUGAGUGCCGGGAAUCGUAUGGCUAAUAUCGUACUCAAGAAUCAGCAAAAAGAGAUCGGAUCGUUCCGUAUGGCUGAGAAGAUAUGGAAGCAUCAGCAGGAACAGCUUCAAAAACUUCGUGUCACUCAACAGGAAAAGCAGAAUCAGAAACCCUGGAACUACGGAGAAUCUUGGAGAUCCAAUCAAACGGUCGAAAAGAAUGAGAAGCCGUGCGAUAAGAAAGAGGGUUCGGAGGACGUGAAGCUACUUGUAAAUCAUGGAUACAAGAAGGCAGAGGCGGAGCAUAUUAUGAAGCAAGUGAUGGAGAUUAGAAAGAUGGAAGCUACGAAGUAA